GCUUCUUUUUUUGGGGGGUGGGUCAAGUGUGAGCGCUUGUUGGAAUAAGCAGCUCUGAUGUCACUUCUGGAUUCGACACCCGGAAUGUCUGCUUGUCACCGCCGUUAUUUGUAAAACUGGGUGGCUGAAGUUGACUGAAUAUGGUGCGAACUGGAGGUAUUUUGAAGUUGGCAGCACUCAUCUCCGCGUUCAUCGUGGGCAUCUAUCUGGCGUUCCAGCUGCUGGAGAUAAGGAUGGAGUUCCGGCUGGGAAGCGUGAUGGGCAAAUCGGGUCCCUUGGAAGAUGGCUCCAAACGAGUUGGGCACAAGUGUGGACUUUCCAAGCCGUGUCCUGCCGGUCAGUUUGCCUUCAAGAUGGCGAGUGGUGCAGCCAGCGUGGUUGGGCCCAAAAUGUGCCUGGAGGACAAAAUGCUCAUGAGCGCCGUGAAGAACAACGUGGGACGAGGAAUUAACAUUGCCCUCGUCAACGGAAGAACUGGCCAGCUGAAUAAAACAGACUUCUUCGACAUGUGGGCAGGAAAUGUGGCACCCCUCAUUCAGUUCCUGAAGGGAAUUGAGGAUGGGACGGUGGUCAUGAUGGCUUCCUUCGACGAUCCCUCCACCAAGCUCAACGAUGAAGCUCGGAAGUUGAUUGCGGACUUGGGAAGCUCGGCUAUUAACAACCUGGGAUUCCGGGAUAACUGGAUCUUUGUUGGCGGGAAAGGGAUCAAGACUAAGAGUCCAUUUGAGCAGGUACACAUCAAAAACAGCGCAGACACCAACAAGUUCGAGGGCUGGCCUGAAGUCCUAGAGAUGGAAGGCUGCGUGCCUCGAAGGGAGGACUGACCCUCGUCUUCAACCUUCUUGAACCAUCCCGCCUUUUUUUGCCAUCCCAUCAGACUGUUUACCACCAACAAUCUUCUAAAGGGCUCGUGGUGAGAACAUGCAAGUGGAGCUCAUUGAUAACAAGGGAUUUAUCUGCUGGAAUACCGUCAUACCUUAAUCCAGUUGUAUUAUUGUUAUUAUUAUUGUUGCACUGUCUGUGUUGCCUGCUAACUCGCCUUCACCCUGAACCAAAAUGUACCAACUUCACUGUGAACUAUGUAAAUAUAUUUUGUUGCGGAGAGUUCAAUGGAUAUAAUAAUAAAUCUGGUUUGUUAUUG